AUGACUCCUGUCCACGCCAGUACCAACAGUACCUCCCAUCCCUCCCACUCUCGACGGUCACACCGUGCUCUACUAGCCAGGAUUCCGCCAAAAGGUCAAAGUCCUUGGCAGCUCUCACAUUCACACUCCAUACCAGCUCUGAAAGAGCACGAGGUCCUCAUCAAAACCUCCUAUGUGGCUUUGAACCCUUUCGAUUGGCAGGGUGUAGCUUUCAAGUAUGGUAUAGGUGAAGAAGCCAAGGUAAUGGGUAGAGAUGGGGCUGGAGAGAUUGUCGGUGUAGGAGAAGCAGUCGAAAGAUUUAAGAUAAGGGAUAGGGUAUGGUUCUGUGCCAAUUCGUCUGCAUCGCACACUGGUGCAUUCCAAGAGUACUCUGUGCAUUCUGCUUCGGAAGUGGGACAUACUCCAGACCAUCUAGCAGAUCAGGAAGCUGCGACACUUGGCACUGGCUUGAUAACAGCUGGUGUAGCUCUGUUCAAGACUCUGGGCCUCUCACUGGAAUCAUUAUCACGCACGGAGAAGAAACAGAGGGAGGAGGACGCACCAUGGGUGUUGAUAUGGGGAGGUUCGGGUAUAACAGGGGUAUAUCUGAUUGAGCUAGCUCGUCUACUUGGAUAUAGGAUAAUAUGCUCUGCAUCACCGGUAAAUCACGAUUACAUCAAGUCAUUAGGGGCAGACGUGGUUCUAGAUAGAUGGUCGGAUCCCGAUGAGCUGGUAGAGAAGAUCAGAGAGGCGACUGACGACAAUGUCCGCAUUGCCAUCGACAACGUUGGAAGUGUCACUGCAACCCUGUGCCAUCAGGUGCUUCAAGGAUCGACGACCUGGCGGAAAACACACGAUGUGUCAGUAUUCGAAAAAGAACAGAAUUCGUCAAAGCUUGUACCACUAGCUGGAUCACCGAAAGAGCCCAAAAACAAGCCUGACAGAAUCCGAGAAGUAGAAUCCCUACGCAUUAGCUUUUCUACGACUUUUUACGGUCACCCAGAAUUCAGCGAAGCCCUGCUGGAUCGUUUCGACUGGCUACUUCUGAACAAGCUGUUGACUCCUGCUAGGAUACGAUUGGUUGAAGGGGGAUUACACGGUAUAGAAAAAGGAUUAGACGACUUGCAGCAUGGCCGUGUUCAAGGUGGUUACAAGCUGGUCGCUCGAUUGGCAGAUACUCCUGAAGAGCUAUCUGUUGGAACCAAGAGAUCUAGAGAGUCAGAUGCCGAAGUGAUAGCUGAUAUUGGCAACAAACGGUCCAGAGGCAACGAGGAGGAGAGAGAGUAUCGUACUUCGAAGAAGCCGAAAGAUGCAGAAGCGACGAGUGAUAACCAUGAGCACAUCAAGACCACUUCACGAUCGAUCAUUGCAGCUUAG